UGGGAAGAGUCCUAAUUUCAUUUUUUUUUUUUUUUCGUUUGUUUUGGUCCGUCGCACUUCUCCUAUCCGCCGUGUUGCCCUCCGGAGAAUGCCACCGGAGUCCCUUCGCUGUUCCUCUCUUCUGGCUCCAGUGAUUUGCAACGUCUCUUUGCGGAGUGACCUCGAGGAAUCGCGGUAGAUUCCGAAGAGAAGGAAGCGCCUUUAUCGUCAUGCCUUAUCUGUGAUCGGAGGAGAGGAGAGGAGCGGGAUUGGGGGGGAAGGGAGGAAUCAUGGUCUCGCCCGGGCUUAACCUGGUGAUGACAGUGAUCGGAUUCGCGGUGAGUAUCAUGUUCAUAGUUUUUGUGUGCACGCGGCUCAUCUGCGCGAGAAUCCACCUUAGGAGAUCGAGAACUUCGCUUCCUGAUGACGCCGCCAGAUCCGAACUUGGCAUUGCCAGUUCAUAUUCUAUACAACGUGGGAUUCAUGGAUUGGAACCGAUUACAGUCUCUAGCUUCCCUACAAAAAAAUUUGGGGAUCUUCCCUUUUCAUGCGGACAAGAAACACAGUGCACAGUGUGUCUUGCUGAUUACCAAGAGAAGGAUGUCUUGCGCAUUCUCCCUUUCUGUGGGCACAAUUUCCAUGUUAUUUGCAUAGAUAUAUGGCUGAAGCAACAUUCGACAUGCCCCGUCUGUAGAAUUUCCUUACGAGACUCUCCUGAUAGUAAACGCACACUGCAGCCUCUCUACUGCCCUUCCAUGCGACCCUUUUCUCCACCAGAAGCUUUUGUUUCUGAUCCAUGUCGGUCUCAGUUUGCAGAAUCGGGUUUUUCUUCAAGUGCAACCGAGCUCCGGAGAAGCGUACCACCUCAAGACGACUAUUUAGUCUAAUCAGUAACUGUCAUGGAUCCAUCUGCUAGUCUUGUUCUUCGAGUAAACUGAUCCUUGUCAAGCAACAAAGAUACCUCAAGCAUCGAUCAGUUAAUACAGGUGAUUGUGAUUGUCACUCCAUGACAUUUGAUAGCAUUAGGGAUUUAGAAACUAACACCGUACUUUUAACUCUUUAACAGAAUGCUGUUUUUAUUUGGUUGAUGAAUGUAAAAUAGUUUUUGAAGAGUGUAUCAAACAUUCACAAAUCAUGAUUAA